AUGAAGGCGGCCUACAGAGCUUUCGACGCGUUCUGCGAACUUCCGGAGGAAAUGCGAGCGAAAUACGAACGCAACGAGGGCAAUUACGGAUACGUGAAGCCAGGACCAUCGAAACACACCGAUGAGAAAGAAGCUCGACAUGUUUUCAAUGUGACAGGAAGCGGAGGGAUUCUUCCGGACGACGAGGUGGUGCCUGGUCUGAAAUCGGCGGUCGACGAGCUCACUCGCGAUUUCAAGCAGCUAUCUGCGAUGCUUUUAACCGCUCUGGCCGUGGGCCUAGAGCAAUCCCCUGAUUUCCUGCUGUCGAAGCAUUCGCGCAUGCUGGAACAUGGUAACGAGUCGACUCUUCGUCUUCUUUACUAUCCUCCUCUUGGUGCACCAGCGCCAGGAUUGGCUCGUUGUGGCGCCCAUUGCGAUUAUGGGACUUUCACUUUAUUGGCACAGGAUUGCGAAGGUGGUUUAGAGAUACAGACUCCACAUGGUGAACGAUGGGGAAGAGUCGGUCAUCUGCCAGGUGCCAUUUUGGUGAACACCGGCGACAUAUUAGCAAACUGGACGAACAAUCAAUUGCCAGCACUGAGACACCGAGUCGUUGUGCCAGAACAUUGUGGUCGGGGUCGUCAUUCCAUUGCAUUUUUCGUGCAUCCAGAUACCGAUACUCCCAUUGAGCCGUUAGAUACAAAAAUCGCCAAGGCGAGCCAAGAAUCAGCGCCGUGCCGUUUGCAGAAAAAGAAACGCGGCGUUCUCACCGCGUAUCAUCACAUUCAACGCCGGCUUCGAGAAACUUACGCUUCUUAA